UUUGGUUUUGGUACAACUGUUCCGCUACAUACAAUACUACAUUUCAAUCACCCUAGAUUUCAUAUAAAAAUGGUGGUACAAAUAAAGCGAUACCGGAUCUCUGAUUCACAGAUUCAAGAUCACACAAUGAAUAUCUUACAAGAUAAUCAUCAUUCAAGUAUGUAUUCUGACUUGAAUUUUUCAACGAACAAAUUUGAUAUGAAUGCAGACAUUAUGAAAACUGGCAUUCACAACAUGAAUACCAAUCCGAUUAAUAACAAUUUUAUCAAUACUAGUAAUAGUGAUAAUAGUAACCCAUUUUACAAAUUGUUUUCACAAUUUCCAAAUUAUACAUUUAUGAACAGUUAUCAUGGAUUUGAUGGUAAUCAAACUACUCACGACCUAAUAUCCACUAAUUCCAAUAUAAUUGGUAAUGGGACAAGUGCAUUUAGAACACCUUCACCAAUUAUGGACUUCAUGAAAGAACAGUCGAAUAUUACACAGUCAUCACCCAAACAGUCAGUGAACAGCUAUAUUCAGCCAAAUAGUAUAUGCCAACAAAAUGUAAUUUUAAAUGAUGAUGUGAUCAAUCAGUUAAACAGUACAAAAAUGAAUAUAACAGACUUACAAUCGACUAUACAUCUAGCUAAGAAAUUAGCUCAACAUUUCAUGGCAUUAUCGAAUAGUAAUAAUGGUAAUAACAUCUGUUUGAGUCCGUCAAAAUGCAAUCCAACUACUUUGCAAUCGGAACAAUCUUUUCAUCAGUGUAAUAUUUUACAACAACAACAGGAACAUACUCUAUCUUCGGCAGAUUCAAAAUAUCCUAACAAUGGGGCGAAAAUGAAUAACUUUUGUGAGACAGCUAUCCAUUCACUAGAGCACCUGACUGAAUUUUUGUACCAGCAGCAUCAGCCGAACAUCUGCAGUAUUACUGGUACUACCAGUAAUGAUAACAAUGGUGUUAGUAAGCCAUCAUUUCUGUCAGAUAGUCACAAUCAGACGGAUAGUUCGCAUUUUGAUGAAGCAAUUCAGUUCACUCCAUUACAGUCAUCCCUUGAAGAGAGUGGUUGCAUAGACUUAUCGUAUAAUAGUGCAAAUAAAACGUCAACUGGUCAAAAUAAACUUUCAUCAAUGAAUCUGUCAAGUUCAGCUUUGGCCAACGAUCUAGUGGUAUGUUCCAGUAUCACUAGUCACAACAAAACCAACAAUCUUGAUUACCACAUGAAUGAAUCAAGUGAACCAGUUGAAUCAUUGAUUCACAAAGCAAUCAGUGAACUACAUCAGCAUCCUAGUAUUUCUUCAUUCCUAGCAUCCUCAUUUCCAACAACUCCAGCAACUGUGUCAGUAUCUUCUUCCUCUCUGUCCCCCUCUGCUUAUGCUGUCUCAGCACUACCAACAACAUCUUUGACAGAAACAUGUGAUUACAACACUAUCAACAAUUUCAACUUGUCUCUUACGUUACCUAUAAGCACGGACAUUCAAGCAAAUGAUUAUCACUGUACGAACGAUUUCUUUGCUUCACUACUAAAGUUAAAGAUCCCACCUCCAGAUAAACUGAGUGAAAUCUUUGUCAAUACAGGUCAUUCUAUAUAUAACAAUAUCGAUACUUCCAAUAACAUUACUAACAGUAGUAAUCUAAAUAAUAUAAAUGAAACACAGAGCCCUCAGGUGAUAAAUGACAAUCAGUAUAAGGCUGCUCGUACCACCACUAGCGGCAGCAACAGCAGUAAUAGUAGCGUUGUUACUGGUCAUUCCAAUACCUCAGAUAAACACAAUCACCACGCAGCCAAUGGGUCCACUAGAACUAAGAAUCGCAAGUCGGGUUUUCAAGCUGGAGUAACAGUUGGUUAUACAUAUGAUGCCUUUUUUAUUUCUGAUGGUCGAUCUAGGAAACGUGUUAAAAACUCCUAUGUAAAGCAAACAAAAUCACAGCAUAGACGGUCAUAUCCUACAGAUGAUUCAUCUCACUUAAUUAGUCCACAGUCAAAUCCCAGCACUUCCGGAUCAUGUUCCUUUGAUGGUACUUGUAUUUCAAGUUAUGCAAAUGAAGAACAGUCAUGUAACUCAUUAAAUACCCAGUUAAAAUCCCAUGUAUCAAUUACAUCAUCAUCUUUAUUGGUGUCAUCGCCGAGUGAAUCACAAUCUCAACGUUAUAGUUGUCCUGACUGUGGGAAAAAUUAUGCUACAUCAUCAAACCUUAGUCGACACAAACAAACACAUCGUAGUUUAGAUAGUCAAUCAGCUAAAAAAUGUCCUCAGUGCGGUAAAGCUUAUGUGUCAAUGCCAGCAUUAUCAAUGCAUUUAUUAACACAUGACUUGAAGCAUCAGUGUGAUAUAUGCGGUAAAGCAUUUAGUCGACCGUGGUUACUACAAGGUCACAGGCGUGCACACACGGGCGAGAAACCAUAUGGCUGUGCUCAUUGUGGUCGGGCAUUUGCUGAUCGAUCCAAUCUACGAGCUCAUAUGCAAACACAUUCAGGUAUGAAACAAUUUGAAUGUAAACAGUGUCAUAAAAACUUCGCUCUCAAGUCCUAUUUAAACAAACAUUUAGAAUCUGGAUGUAUUAACAAGUCCAAUUGGUCAAUGAAUGGUUCACCGACAGCAAACAAUGAAAAUAAAUCUCAGUUACUGCCAACAGAUGAAAUAUCUAAGAUUGAAUUUUAUCAACAGUCUGACUUACCAUGGAGUGUAACCAAAUUAAUCAAUUAGAAGAAUCACAGAGACCUGAAUAUUUCUUAUCCUAACACUGAUUGUUUGUUGUUUCGAUUGAUUAGUUUUUAUUAUUCAUCAAAGACAGAAUAUUGUCAGGGGAUAUAGACACAGUUCAGUCACCUUAUUCUGGCUGAUUUAAUUUCUUCAUUAUUAUUAUUUUUUGAUUUUUUUUAAUCAGCCAACGAGUACAUUUAACUUCUCCUACAAUCCACUAAUCACUACUAGAUUAUCGAUGUAGACAUUGCUUUACCUUUUUUUAGUAGUUUAUGUGCACGUUGUAUAUUAAAGAUAAGUAUGAAAUUCUGUGUGUAAUGGAGAGUUAUUCAAUUUUCUUUCUUAAUUUUCAUCUUAAUGAAGUCUAACAGCCUCUUCUUCUAAAUAACAGUGUGUAUAUUUAUCAUAACGAAGUCAGUGAAGUUGAUGAUAGUUUUCAAAGGAAGAAUUUCGAUAAUUUUCCAUUUCUUUUUGUAAAAUAGUAAUUGACUUCCUAUUAUGCUGUCAUAUUUGAUUUAAUCGAGCUUUGGCAAUUAAUUAUAUAUUUCUGCUUAUUUACC